CACAUUUACUCUAACUCCGCAAUGGCUUGGCUUGGCUUUGUGCCAGACACUGUUCAUUGUUUGUAUAGUCACCGUCGUCGUCGAUAGAGAUACUAUAAUGGAACAGUGAGAGUUGUCUGUUUGGUUCGCGCCUGGCUAACUACUGAGUCCGUCACUACUAGCACAACUACCAUACCGUGCUGUACAUCCAGUACAAGGGCCCUCACCCCACGCGACCCUGCGUACGACCGACCACCCGACUCCCCCAGCCAGUCGGCCGAACGAGAGCUGAAGGGGACACAAUGUUUCGAAUCCGGCGAUACAGGCUGUUUCUCGUCUUUUCGGCGAUACUCGUGUUUACGUUCUACAAUUUCUGGCAGACACAACCGGAGGCGCAGGCGGCGAGGCCGAAGUCGUUCGGUACCUCCUCCUCCUCGCCGUAUGGCGAUGCUGGGAAAUCGUCGGGGCAGAAUGGGGACAGCAAUGGUGCGGAGGGAAGGGACCCUGUGAAGGUGGUUGAUAUUCAGGGGAUUGCACAUUCAAAUGAUCCGUUGCCUGUUACUGCGGUUAAGGCAACUUCGGCGAAGCCUGUGCUGGCGGAGAAUACGCAGGUCGUUGCCAAUGGCGUGCCUAUUGUUGACCUUGAGCCGAUAUCAACGAAGCCGCCGGUGGCAGUGAAUACCCCCGUCGUUGCAAAUGGCGAGCCCGUCAUCGAACCAGAACCAAGCACCAAUGAAGCAUUGGCAGCCAUACAAACAGCGCCCCCAACGCCAAUAACACCCCCAAACCCCGCCGCAAUCACCUACGAUGACACAGUCGACGAGUCUGGGAAAGAGGAAACCAUACACUGGGAGAAGCAGACAGAGUACUAUCCCAUCGCCCCAGGCGACCUGAUCCGCCUCCCCAGCGGCACGCCCAAGAAGAUGCCGCGGAUCCAAUUCGACUUCCCCGAAGAGUCAGUAGAGGCGAGAUCCCUGCGUGAGGAGCGGAGGGAUUUGGUCCGCGACGAGUUUCUGCACGCGUGGCAGGGUUAUAAGAAAUAUGCGUGGGGACACGAUGAGGUUGGGCCGGUGAAGGGGGGGUUCCGUGACCCGUUUUGCGGGUGGGCGGCGACGAUUGUGGAUUCGUUGGAUACGCUCUGGAUUAUGGGAUUGAAGGACGAGUUUGAGGAGGCGCUUGAGACGGUUGAGAAGAUCGAUUUCACGACGUCGCCUAAGACUUCUAUUCCCGUGUUUGAGACGACUAUUCGAUACCUGGGGGGCUUGUUAGGGGCGUAUGAUAUUAGUGCUGCGAAGUACCCCGUGCUUCUGACCAAGGCUACGGAGUUGGGAGAAAUCUUGAUGAGUAUCUUCGAUACCCCAAAUAGAAUGCCAGUGCUGCAUUAUCGAUGGCAGCCGCAUAGUGCUUCGGAACGCCAUCGAGCAGCUGGGAGCUCGAAUUUCGCGGAACUAGGAUCCUUAACCAUGGAAUUCACGCGUCUGGCGCAGCUCACGGGGGAGCACAAGUACUAUGACGCCGUUGCGCGCAUCACUAACGCCCUUGUCGAAUGGCAAGAGCGCGGCACGGAGAUCAAGGGCAUCUUCCCGGACAGCGUUGAUGCCUCCGGCUGCAACGCGACUUACGUACCACCGGAGGAAAAGUCCUCCACCCCAUCUCAAAACGCAACCGAGAAACUCAUCCCCCGACGCCCUUUCACUGAAGAAGAGAUCUGCCGUCCCCAAGGCCUCACUCCCGGCCCACAACGUCAAAGCUUCUCCAUGGGCGGCGGCCAGGAUUCGACUUACGAGUACUUCUCCAAAAUGCACCUCCUCCUCGGCGGGCUAGAGACCACCUAUAGCACACUGUACACCAACACCAUGGAUGCGAUCCGUAGCCACCUCCUCUACCGCCCGUUGAUCCCGGGAGGGCGCAAUGUCCUGUUCUCGGGGAAGGUGCAGGUUAACCCCUACCUCCCCGACGACAAGAACCACGAGAAGAUCUACGAGGUCACGCACCUGACGUGCUUCAUCGGCGGGAUGGUCGGGAUGGGCGCUAAGCUCUUCGGUCUCGACGAUGAUCUGUCUAUUGCUGCGAAGCUGGCUGAUGGAUGCGUGUGGGCGUAUGAGGCGACGAAGAGCGGUGUGAUGCCUGAGGACGCCAGAGCGGUGCCGUGUGAGGAUCCGCUGGAUUGUGAGUGGGAUGAGGAGAGGUAUUAUAAGUACCUUGAUCCCCGCUGGUCGCUCCGCGAGGGUGAGAUCGAGGAGUACGAGAAGGAGAAGGUGAGGAAGGAGAAGGUGCGGCUCGAGAUGGCGGAGAAGAAGGCGAAGGAGGAGAAGGAGGAGAAAGCGAGGCUGGAGCAGGAGGCUAAGGAGAAGCCCUUGAUGGCUGAGGCGGAUGCUGUCCUCUCGCGCGCGAAUGGGACGACGGCCAGUUACAGCCUCGGUGGGAGCGCGCCGCCUGCUGCGAAUAUCAACCGCAAGCGCGCGAUAUCAACGAACAGCACCGUAGUCAGCACAGACGAGAAGGAUGAGGCCCUCCCGGAAAUCCCAUACGUCGCCCCCUCGAAGACAAGCACCCCCGGCGUCCCAGUGAACCCCCAUGAGCGUAAUCUUCCGAGUGGGAGGGAGGAUCCGUAUAGACCGCUCAGUCAUGAGGAAUAUAUUUCUGAUCUGUUGGAGAGGAAUAAUUUGCCGCUCGGGUUUGCGAGGGUGGAGGGUGAUAGGUAUAUCCUUCGCCCCGAAGCAAUAGAAUCAGUAUUCUACCUCCACCGCAUCACCGGCUCCCCCACUUGGUCCACAAAGGGCUGGGGCAUGUUCGAAUCCAUCAUCAACGGCACGCGCACGUCGAUCGGACACAGCGCGUUCAGCGGCGUGAAUCGCGAGAAGGGGAUGGGGCAUAAACAGGAUUCUAUGGAGAGUUUUUGGUUGGCGGAGACGUUGAAGUAUUUUUACUUGUUGUAUAGUGAGCCGGGGGUUGUGAGCUUGGAUGAGUGGGUUUUGAAUACUGAGGCGCAUGUUUUUAAGCGGCCGUCGUAGUUUGGUC